ACCUUAAUGGAUAAUAAAAUCCUCUGCCCUAAAAUCUAUAGUAGUUGACAGGUGCCAUAACCCAAUCGGCAAACUAAUAAUGACAUCUCCGGCGAUAUUCUCCGCCGCAACGCCACUCAAUUUACCUCCGUCCACCGCCAAUAAUCGGGUAAUUCCUCCCCUUUUUUGUGCUUCCGCUUCCGUUUAUGAUUGCUCUCUAACACGUAGCAUCACCAACAACAAAAGAUCGAAUCUGCGUCUACGGAUCAAAGCAGCAGCGUCGGACUCCACGGCGAUCGUUGACAAUCCAACGGUGGCGUCCACUUCUGAAAAAGAAGAAGGAAUUAAGGCGAAGAUCGGAGCUAGGGUUAGGGUUAAAGUGCCGUUGAAGGUUUAUCAUAUACCUAAAGUAUCGGAGGUAGAGUUGAAUGGGAAGGAAGGCAAAAUCAAAGAUAACAUCUCCGUUUGGAAAGGGAAACACAUUUCAGCUAAUUUUCCUUACAAGAUUGAGUUCUUCGAGAAACUUGAAGGUCGCGGCGACGCUCCUGUGAAGUUCUUCGCACACCUCAAGGAAGAUGAGUUUGAAUAUAUUGAUUGAUUCAUGAUUUUUGGUUGAAAAACACCUAUUCAAUCUCCGAUUUCAUAUUAUUAAUAGUAUAUCAUAUUUCAUUAGCGUCUA